AUGUUCUUCGCCAGAGGAAGACUCAUCACGGCCCUGCUCGGCGUUGUAUCUUGUCUCUUGAUCAGCCCGGCCACAGCUUUUACCAACCCGAUCCGCCGGCCUGGAGGCAGUGAUCCUCAAAUCUCAUAUUCAGGUGGAUACUACUACUUCUUGUCUACGUCGUGGACGAACGUGCAGAUCUCGCGGGCUACGACAAUUGAUGGUCUCAAGACAGCCACGCCGAAGGUCAUCUACAGCUCGACCGCGAGCCGCUGCUGUAACGUCUGGGCGCCUGAGACUCACUAUCUCAACGGAGUGUGGUAUGUUUAUUUCACGGCGGGCAAUGAGGAAAACCUCGACGGACAGAACCUGCACGUUCUAAAGGGCGGUCCUACACCAUGGGAUGAUUUCACUUACGCCGGGAAGCUCACUAAUGAAUGGUCUAUUGAUGGAACCGUUGUACGAUUCAAUGAAUGGGGUAACUACCUGGCUUCCUCGUGCUUCCACGGAGUACAAUACCAGUCACUAUGUAUGCAGAAGUUAGGGGAUGAUAAUGUGUCACUAAAGGGCAGCAUCUCGGUCAUCUCGCAACCGACUGAGUCGUGGGAACGCAGCGGAACACCUGUAAACGAGGGCCCCGCUGCCCUGUACAUCCAAGAAACGGGGAAGACAUAUAUUGUAUACUCAGCCAACUAUUGCUGGACGCCCGACUACUGCCUCGCGACACUCGAGUGGGACGGCAAAACAGAUCCGGCCUCUGCUGCUGCUUGGAAAAAGUCCUCCGGCUGCGUUUUCAAAGGCGGUGUCAAUGGCCACUACGGCACCGGUCACAAUAGCUUCUUCCGCAGCCCCGACGGAUCGCAAACUUGGAACGUUUACCAUGCCACCUCUAAUAGCAACGGAGCUUGCGAUGAUAGCCGUUACACCAUGGUUCAAGUCCUGGGCAGCGAUUCAGACGGAUCGCCGAACUUCGGUACGCCCGUUGCUCUCAACUAUAAUUCUGCCGAGCCUCGUUAG